AUGAACAUAGUAGUGGGUGUAUUGGCACUACAAGGUGCAUUUGAAGAGCAUAUUUCAAUGCUACAAGGUUUAAGCGCUACGACUGUUACUGGUCAGACUGUAAUUGUGACAGCAGUGGCUAUUCGUUUGCCUGAGCAGCUGCAGAAUGUAGAUGCACUGGUGCUGCCUGGUGGCGAGAGCACGACAAUUGGCAAGGUGGCCGUACGUUGGGGUCUUGUAGAGCCACUUAAGAAGUGGGUGGCAGAUUGUCGUCCCAUUUGGGGCACAUGUGCCGGCAUGAUCAUGCUUAGUCAACAGGCGAAACACACUGAGGAAGGUGGCCAGACAUUAAUUGGUGGUCUGGAUGUUGAAGUUUCGCGCAACUUUUUUGGUGCACAGGUGCGAAGUUUUGAAAUGCUCGUGGAUGGUCCACCAGUCUUUAAUGCCAAGCCGUACAAUGCCGUGUUUAUUCGUGCGCCUGCUAUCAUUUCUGUCGGUGAGGAGAUUGAGGUGCUUUCUCGUGUGACUAAUGCCAAGCCUGCAGACGGCUCUGACCCUGUGGACGUCAUUAUUGCGGCUCGCAAAAACAACAUUCUCGUCACAGCUUUUCACCCGGAGAUUACGACAGAUACACGUUGGCAUCAAUACUUUAUUGAGACAGUCGUCGUGCCUCAUCUAUAG